AUGAUGUUGUACUUAUUUCUUUUCUUUGCCGGUUUAUUGUUCGUAUACAUAAAAUUUAAAUAUUUCACACUUCGUGGCCCAAUCCCUGGCUUAUCACCGCAUUUAUUUUUUGGAAAUAUAAUUCAAACAAGUUUAUUAUCUGGUCGAAGAGUAUCUUCAGAAGUUUACAUUUUACUGAAUGGACAGUUCGGUGAUAUUUAUCAAUAUUGGCUUGGUUUUAUCCAUUUUGUUGUCGUACAUAAUAUUGACGAUGUUCAAUACAUUUUGAGUCAUCGAAAUAUAUAUGACCAAGGGCAAAUAUUUUUAGAAAAGUUCAGCAUUUUACUACCCAAUAGUAUCAUUUGUAACAUAGGUGCCAAAUUCAAACGGCAUGGUGCAUUUGCUAUGCCAUUAUUUCGCCGCAGCAAGAUUAUUUCAAAUAUUAACAUCGUGAUCGAUGGUAUUGACAAAUUUUUAGAUAGAUGGCACGCUAGACCAACUGGGCAGGUACAUACGGAUGUUGUCGAGCAGUGUCAAAAUCUUCUACUUGAAAUAUUUGGGUUAAUUGCUUUUGACUACGAUUUGGAGACGCUUGAUGGCAAUGAUUCUGGAAAUAAUAAUGAAUUGACAAAAGCUUUGCGAGAUAUCAUGAGUAUAUUUAGAAUGAUUAUAUAUGCGCCUAGCAUCGUAUCAACUAUUUAUCUGAAAUUGAGUCCUAAAUAUAGACGAGCAUCUGCAACCGUCGAGCGAUAUCUUCAUAGAAUGGUUGAACAAGAAUUAGCUGAAACUCCUGAUUCAAGAUUGCAACGGAAAAAAAACUUCAUUAAUAGCACCACUUGUUAA